CAGAAAUGCAGGCACUUAGCGAGGCCUGCAUUCCUUGCUCCAAGGAGCAGGGAGGACAGGCUGAAAACAGAAGAGUGUUUCCAAGAAACACUCUUGGAAAGAUACAGCCCUGGGAGGUGAUUGAGAGUGGAGGGGACUCAACGGGGAUGACUCCUGCAAAACACUGUACUCCUUCCAAGAGCUCAGAGGAAGAUGUCAGCCCAGUCCCUUCCAGCAGCAACACCCCCUAUCCUGAAGCCUCCUCGGAUCAUCCGGCCUAGGCCCCCUUCUCGUCCCAGGGCUCCCCACUCCCCAGGCCCUCCCCACAAUGGCUCCUCUCCACAAGCACUUCCUGGAGCCUGCAAUGAUGCACUAGCCCCAAUGUGCACCCCCAUCUUCUGGGAACCUCCAGCUGCAUCCCUCAAGCCCCCUGCUUUUCUGCCUCCCUCAGCUUCUAGCGCCAGUCUUGACUCCCAGACUUCCCCAGACUCACCUCCCAGCACCCCCAGUCCAGUGUCCCGGCACUCCAUUUCCCCAGAACCUGCUCCCCGGUCUCCAGUCCCUCCACCCAAGCCCCCUGUAUCACUCCGUACACCUCUGCCCCUGCCCCCCAUGUCUGGGGGCCUGACCCAGGGUGGCUCUGCCUCGGCCCCUGGUACUGUGCGGAGACUGGCAGGCAAGUUUGAAUGGGGGGCUGAUGGCAGGACCCAGGCUGUGGACUCCCUGGAGCAGGGCUCCCAAGGGGGAGCGGAUGUCAACGGGGAGAGAAAGACUUCCCAAGGCGUCCUUGCUGGGAAUGGAUCCCAGGAGAACGGCGCUCCAGAUGCUGCCCUGGCCUGCCCUCCUUGCUGCCCCUGUGUCUGCCACAUAGCACGGCCUGGCCUGGAGCUCCAAUGGGUGCCUGUAGGGGGUUCUGAGGAUGUCCCAAGGGCUCCCUGCCGGGCCUCCCCACUGCGUACCUCCCGUUCCCGCCCCAGUCCUCCAAGCAUCAGUCACCCUGCAGUCGUCCUCACUUCCUACCGGUCCACUGCUGAGCGCAAACUCCUGCCACCUCUCAAGCCCCCCAAACCAACCAGAGCCAGACAGGAUGACGGCAUCCCUGGGGAUCGCCCACAGCCGGAUCUUGAUCUGUUUGCUGAAGACGGAAUUCAAACAGGGGACAGUCCUGAUGAAGCUUCUCGAAAUGCUCCUCCUGCAGCCCUGGAGGGAAGGGAUGAGGAGGGGCUGGAGGUGCUGAAAGAGCAGAACUGGGAGCUGCCCCUGCAGGAUGAACCUCUGUACCAGACCUACCGAGCAGCUGUGCUGUCAGAGGAACUGUGGGGGGUUGGUGAGGACGGGGGCCCCUGUCCAGCAAAUCCUGGGGAAGCUCCCACCUUCUCAAGGCUCCCUGGACCUCGCAACACCCUGUGGCAGGAGCUCCCAGCCGUGCGAGCCAGUGGCCUCCUGGAGUCCCUCAGCCCCCAGGAGAGGCGCAUGCAGGAGAGCCUGUUCGAGGUCGUGACAUCUGAGGCCUCCUACCUGCGCUCCCUGCGGCUGCUGACUGACACCUUCGUGCUGAGCCAGGCACUCCGGGACACACUCACUCCCCGGGAUCACCACACACUCUUCUCCAAUGUGCAACGAGUCCAGGGCGUCAGCGAGCGGUUUCUGGGGGCAUUGCUGUCUCGCGUGCAUUCUUCCCCCCACAUCGGCGACCUGUGUGAUGUGGUGCACACGCAUGCCGCAGGCCCCUUCUCAGUGUAUGUGGAUUAUGUGCGGAACCAGCAGUACCAGGAGGAGACCUACAGUCGCCUUAUGGACACAAACAUGCGCUUCUCAGCGGAGCUGCGUAGACUGCAGAGCCUCCCGAAAUGUGAGCGGCUCCCGCUGCCGUCCUUCCUGCUACUACCCUUCCAGCGCAUCACCCGGCUCCGUAUGCUGCUGCAGAAUAUUCUGCGUCAGACAGAGGAGGAAUCCAGUCGCCAGGAGAAUGCCCAGAAAGCCCUGGGUGCUGUCAGCAAGAUCAUUGAGCGCUGCAGUGCAGAGGUGGGGCGUAUGAAGCAGACUGAGGAGCUGAUCCGACUCACCCAAAGGCUGCGUUUCCACAAAGUCAAGGCUCUGCCCCUGGUCUCUUGGUCACGGCGCCUGGAGUUGCAGGGAGAACUGAUCGAAUUAGGGUGCCGGAGGGGGGGCGUACUCUUCACCUCACGCCCCCGCUUCACCCCCCUCUGCCUGCUGCUCUUUAGUGACCUUCUGCUCAUCACUCAGCCGAAGAGUGGGCAGCGCCUGCAGGUUCUGGAUUAUGCCCAUCGCUCCCUGGUGCAGGCCCAGCAGGUUCCGGACCCAUCUGGACCCCCUACAUUCCGCCUUUCCCUCCUCAGCAACCACCAGGGCCGCCCUACCCACAGGCUACUCCAAGCUUCCUCCCUAUCAGACAUGCAGCGCUGGCUGGGAGCCUUCCCUACCCCAGGUCCCCUCCCUUGCUCCUCAGACACCAUCUAUGAAGACUAUGAGUGUUCCCAGGAACUAUGUUCAGAGCCAUCUACACCUGCCAAGACUGAGGGGCGGGGUCCAGAGUCCAGGGUUCCCCCCAAGCAUCCUCACAAGAGCCCUGAAGGCUGGCUGAAGGGGCUUCCUGGGGCCUUCCCUGCCCAGUUGGUGUGUGAAGUCACAGGGGAACAUGAAAGGAGAAAGCACCUACGUCAGCACCAGAGACUUCUUGAGGCUGUGGGUCCCUCUUCAGGAACCCCCAGUACCCCCCCACCCUAAUGUAGGAUGGGAAGGGGGUACAGGUUGUGACGCUGGCAACACCUCACAAAGAAAACAAAAUCCAGCCACACAUUCAUCAGAUUCAGUGGAAACACUACCUCUAGUGACAACCA